AUGGACGCGUCCAAUGAUGGCUCCGAGUCCGUCGACCAGUUCCUUGCACGGAUUGCGAGUCUAAGCUCAAAGCAGGGGCAGGAGGAGGCUGAGCGAUCAAAGAGGAUGGAGGAGGAAAUGUUGCAGGCGAGAAAAGAGAGACAGGCGAGAAGAGCAGAACGCGCUCGGUCUUUGUCUCCCUCGAAAACCGGCCCUACACCAUCUUCACGUCUGGUCGGGGACAGUCCUCGAAAACCCACACAAGGGAUUGACCCUCCUGUAGCCCUCACCCCUCCUCCGCUCCAAUCCCGUACACUUGGCCGCGCCGACUCGAUGUCUCCAAGGCCUGAGCGAGUUGCAGCCACCGCCUUGGACUUCACUCGACCACUCCCACCUCCACCAACAAGCGACAAACCCUCCACGCCCAGCUCGACUAUGAAUGCCACUGCACUCUCUAGGAGCGGAACAUUAUCGUGGCAACAGCGACCUUCGUCUAGGGGAGUGGGUUCAAGAUCACGGCCGCUCUCUGUCGCCUCCAUACCCGACUCAGCCCUGCCUCAGAAUCCCGGUCAGCCAAAGGAUACCGAUGACGUGUCGCGGAAAGAUAUUGCAGCUUCAUUAGGAGCGAAAGACCCGUCUUGGUUCCGACAGACUGCUGAUCGUGGUGUUGGUUCAGCUGCAUAUCGCAAGAAUGAGGCAGAUUUAGAGACAGCACCGUCAUUUACGGGUCGGGGUAUGAGACUCCCAGGCAUGUCAAAAGACUCCAAUGCUUCCGUGGACCGCUCGAGGGAAGAUCCCGAGAAGGCAACUCGCCCACCGUCCCCUCCAAAAUCGUCUUUUGCUCAGCCCCUCGACCAGGAACAGUUGUCAAAGCAGGAAGAGCCAAGAUCAGUGAGGCCGCUCUCCAUGGUAUCUUUGUCACCAUCGAAACCUCCUGCUUUGGAUCUUCCAAGUUUCAAGCCCUUGGACCUCAAUACCUCGCUCACAGCGGACACACCUGGCCUGGGAAGAACAUCGAGCAUUUUGUCAACCGCUGGGCGUCCUCCUUCACCCACCAAGGGUUUGGGCGGUUUCGUUGAGAGUGCUAUGAUGAAGAGAUCAGAUAGCGUGAGCAAGCGAUGGAGUGUACAGGCGAAUGCAGGCUUGAAGCGAGGCGAUUCUGUUGCCACAUCUCGCCCACCCCAUGUUUCUAGUGCGUCAGGCUUCAGUCCCGGACACAGCCGUGGUCCCUCGAGAGAUGUUAGAGGUGUGCGAGAUGGCAAUUCGUCCCCGCUGUCAAGCUCAAGGCCUGUUUCGAGUCAUGGCACUGAACCAAUUCCGCUAAGCAAGGCUCGUCCACUGAGCCGCGCAGAAGACGAUACCUUAGCAAAUUCAGAACCCGCCAUUACGCAGAACAGUCAAGCCGGCCGUGAAACCUCCAAAGCGCAGCAUCAGAACCGCCCAACCACGCCACCACCACCGCUUGAGACGCUCUUGUCUCGCAGUCCGUCCAAAACCAUGGAUCCUCGCCGCUGGAGUCCCACCAAGGCCAGUUGGCUGGAGAGUGCGCUCAACAAGCCGGACUCGCCAAAAUUUACUCCAGCUAAAUCUGAGACACCUGCUUGGAAGCUCAAUAUGCAGCGUGCUAAGCAAGAGCAGCAGCAGCGGUCAUCCGAAGCUGUGGGUAAUGUGCAGGCGAAGCCCACUGUAGGGCCUAAGCCUCUCAUUUCGCCUUCUCUCAAGGACUCGGCCAUUAUAAGUGAGCCUGAACCUCAGAAAGGCUUAUCAUCGGUGGCGGCGGAUGAGGUAAACUCGGCCAAAGGCGUUGAAGCAGAGUCGUCACAACCUCGGGACAUACCUGCGUCGGAUACGGAGCAACCCAGGAGUGGAAAAAGGGAAGAGAAACCUGCUGUUCCUUCUAAGAGGAAUGUCACGCCAAUCUUACACGGAACAACUUUGGACAAUAAGCCCGAGGCUGCAACGGUAGCAUCAAACGAAGACAGGGAAGUUUCGGUUGAGGCAUUGCAGGCAAACGCCUCUCCCGAUCCUAAACCGCCGAUGCUGAAGCCUAAACCACAGACUCCUCCAAAAACCGAUUUCAGAGCCACUUUAAAGUCGCGUCAAGCAGCGCCAGCGAGCAAUAGCGACGCAGAACCCGAAUUCAGGGCCGUCUUCGGAAAACUGAAGAGGACGCAAACCCAGAAUUACGUUGCCCCGGAUCUCUUGAAAGACAACAUCACCAGAGGCAAGGCAGGAUUAAAUACCACGGGUGGACCACAGAAGACUAAGCGGGUUGAUGAAUUCAAAGAAAGCAUUCUGCAGAAGAAGGAGGCCAUGAAGACUGGGGGUAGUGUGAUCGGAAAACGUCCAGACGCACCCAGUCCACUUGAAAAGCCUGCUCAGGCUGUUCCCGAGGCGCUGGCAAGACGCAUGACAUUGCACAAAACUGGCCCGUCGAGUGAGAAGAUCGAAGUCAAGAAAGCUGUCGAUUUGCCUAUCAAGCCUGCGGUCUCAGCGUUGAAACCCCAGAGUUAUUCCUCUAAGCCAGUCCCUGACAAGCAGGAUGACUCGACGCUCACCCAACAAGCACCGAUCUCGGUACAGAAGGCGCCUGCGAUUAAACCCGAGAAGACUGAAUCCGUCUCGACGACUAUUCUGCCAACCAAAGGAGCGCCUCAAACCACCAGCGGCAAUAACCGGCCAAAAACAGACACAUCUUUGGUUGCAGCCCCUCCUGCGACAGAGUCGGCGUUCAAGAUGAGAGCACCCGAAAACAGCAAACUUGCAGCUCGUCUCAAUCCUGCACUUGCUGGCGUCUUAUCCCGAAGUGGUAGCCCUAAACCCUUGGGUGAACCGUCAUCCAAUGGCGGAGGCGCGAUACAAGUCCGAGAUACUCUGUCGUCCCGGGAGAAUGCGAAUGACCAAAAUUCAGAGCUAACCCAUAUGACCAAGGCUCGGGCUAAGGGUCCGAAGAGGAGAGCGCCAAAGAGCGGACCAUCGUCAAAGGAGACCGUAGCAAGUACUAUUGAGAAGCCCAUGUCGAAAUUUGGCACUGGUACAGCCAACAUUUCUGACAACAAAACUUCUGUUCCUUCGCGGCUGUUCGAAUCGAGGCCGACCUCCGGCAAACUCAUACCGGAAGUUGAGGAGAAUAAGCCAAGUGUCUCUGUCGAGGAGUCAGCAUCGCAGCCAAAGUUGGAAAUUGGAAAGCGCAGAGCAGCGGAAAAUGUUGUCAGGGAGUCGAGUACCGCCAAGCCGAGGGCUAUAUUAGAGUCAGACUCCAAUCCAAAAUCCAAACCAGCUGUGGCCAGCAAGUCGGCGGAGCUGAGAAAAGUAUCCAACCCUGGGAUGGUCACCCAUGUUCCGGACGAACCUGCUCCCGCCGAGGCCGAUAAAUCUGCGGAGUUGAAAAAGGCUUCAAACCCUGCAUUGCCACCAAAACGUGCCAAUCAGCCGCCUCAAGCAAAGCCUUCUACGCCGAAGAAAUUCGAAGUAUUGGCCGAUCGUGCACAAGUUGUAUCGCCUCCUCCCCAAUUCGAGAAUCUAAGGAAGAGCGCACCUCUUUCGCCUCCACUCGCAGUCAACUCACCUCUCACACCUAAUAAAUUCAAGAUCAACACGCCCAAGGAACCAAAGCUGGAAGUGGAUAAUUCUGUCAAGCCGUCCUCACUGGCUUCUUCUAGAGCUACCGGGCUUGGAUUACAGUUCUCGUCUGCUUCCAAAAAGCCAGCGGCCACGCCCGAGUUGACGCCACCACCAGAACCGGAAGCUUCAACGAGAAAAUUGGCGUCCUUCAGAGGUCCUGCGUCACCCACGAAGUCUGGUCGCUUGCUGAGGCCCCAAUUUGAACGCUUUUUUGGUGUCUUACCGCAAGCCAGAGAAAAGGCGGAAUUUGACACCCAGGCAUUCUUGUCGUCUCAGAAGAAUACCUCGGGCAAGCCCAAGACUCUCGGCAAACAGAUAUGGGAAGUGUCCGGCGACGGAAAGAGAACAGCCAUGCCUCCCCAACAAGAACACAUACUCUUCGAAGACUGUAUGUAUCUGUGUGUGCAUUCAAUGGAAUCAUCUGGCGGCUCAAAAUGUGCCGAAGUAUAUCUCUGGUGUGGUGACGAGGUGCCCGAAGCUGCGGUAGAGGAUGCUCAACUGUUCUGCAGAAAGAUUGCUCGCGAUAACAACGCCAAGCUUGAGGUAGUAAAGCAAGGUAAAGAGAGUUCCGAGUUCUUCCAAGCGCUUGGAGGGAUUGUCAUAGUUCGGAAGAGUAAGUCAGCAGCCUUGUAUAUGCUGUGUGGCAGACGACACCUUGGUCAUGUGGCUUUUGACGAGGUCGAGCUAUCUGCCGAUAACCUCUCUUCUGGACUCCCCUUUUUGAUAUCUGCGAAGUUUGGGAAGCUCUAUCUCUGGAAGGGAAAUGACAGCAACCCAGAAGAUGUGGGAUGUGCGAGAUUGAUUGGGAUGGACAUGGGGCUCACCGGUGAGAUUGAAGAAGUCUCAGAAGGAGAAGAGCCCGCCAGCUUCUGGGAAGCCUUCCCCUCGCGUCCGAGCAAGCGAGUGGCUCCUCGAACACGCAAACAGACGAGCCAAUUCCACGGUCAUGCACCCAAAUUAUACCGUGUCGAGCACGAUCGCCCCAAAUCGUCUGGCGGUUUCUGGGGCUUGAGGGCGGCAUCGCCCCCGAAACAAGCGGUCAGAGCCUUGGUGGACGAGAUUGCCCCCUUCACUCAGAAAGACCUCGAUGCCAACCAUAUCCACAUUCUGGACACCUAUGGGGAGCUCUACGUCCUCGUCGGUGCGUCUGCCAAAAAACCUGCCGAGUUUGUGACGGCGGUACAGGUCGCUCAGGAGAUUGCAGUUCUAUCUCCCUCGGUUCAGGACAGACCGCUGUUGCCUGCAUGUUACGUGGUGAUGGGUGAUCCUCCUGAAAACAUCAAAUCAGUCUUCCGAAAAUGGAGGUCUGAAAGAUCAGCUUCUCCAGACGACCAACUGUGUGUACGGGUUGAAGAAGUGAUACAGGAAUUAGGGAUCACGCUGUGA